GUCACUCUUCCUGUGGAUCUCGGCCCCAGGUCUUAGCACCAUGUCUGCCGGAGGAGACUUCGGAAACCCGCUAAGGAAAUUCAAGCUGGUGUUCCUGGGAGAUCAGAGCGUUGGUAAGACGUCUUUAAUCACCAGGUUCAUGGUCGACAGUUUCGAUAACACUUACCAGGCAACAAUAGGAAUUGACUUCUUAUCAAAAACAAUGUACUUAGAAGACAGAAAUGUCCGGUUGCAAUUAUGGGAUACAGCAGGUCAGAAGCUGGUCAGGAGCUUUACAAAUGUAAACUCAUUCCAACAAACUACAAAAUGGAUUAACGAUGUCCGAACGGAAAGGGGGAGUGAUGUCAUUAUCAUGCUAGUGGGAAAUAAAACAGAUGUUGCUGAUAAAAGGCAAGUGUCUAUCGAGGAGGGGGAGAGAAAAGUCAAAGAGCUGAAUGUAAUGUUUAUUGAAACAAGUGCAAAAGCUGGCUAUAACGUAAAACAGCUUUUCCGACGUGUGGCAGCUGCAUUGCCGGGAAUGGAAAGCUCACAGGACAAAAGAAGAGAAGACAUGAUUGACAUCAAACUGGAAAAAAACUCAAGAACAGCCAGUCAGUGAAGGUGGCUGUUCCUGCUAGUCUUUCUCCUCCCUCUACCGGUUUCAUUCAACGUUCCCUCUUCAGGGCAUCAGAGCUUUC